AGACACUAAAAUGCAGAUUAGACAAUAAUAUAAGUAUAAAUGAAUAUUUUCCCAGUUCCUGAUUCUAAAGUUAGCUGGUUAAUUUAGAUCUUUAUAUAGUUCGGGACAAAACUAAAUUUAUUUGGUUUUUAUGCCAUGUAGUUGGUAGUGAUUAUUAUUUGUAACCGAUUUCUGAGGAAAAAAAAUGGAAUUAUGUUUAACCUGGAAGCUAAAUUUCAGUAAACUUGUGUACUUGAUCGAUGCCAAAUCUAGUAACCAACGAUAAUGAGUAUUAAAACUAUUUAAAAUAAAAAUGUGUUUUUGGGAUGUGCUGAUUACGGGGAGUGUGUAAGCGAUGUGAUUGUGAUGUUUUUAAUAUAUAUUAGUGUUACAAUUUAUAGUUUCAUGUUUUGUUGACGCACGCAGUUCGAGAUGACAAAGAUCCCAGAUCUUCUGGAUAUAGUUAGACUGUCGAAAAAAGCAGAAAGUUGUUGGAUAAAGUACGAACAUUUAUUCAAUUUGGUGAAAAUGAGUGAUAGUGUUUUUAGUAGUUUUAAGGUAGGUGAUAAAAGUGAGUGUGAAGGAGAAUUUUCAUCCUGUGAUUACGAUAAGAGUGAUUAUGAACAUACUGUUUAUUCUCCCUGUUCCUCGUCUACACGUUGGUUUUCAGACGAACCAGCCGAAUAUUUCGUUGUUGCUGGUAAGAAACCUUUGUCAUUGGUUUUUAAACGGUCCAGGUCUAAUUCUCCCGUCCUCAAACCCAAGUCGUGCAAGUCUCCGUUUUCUAGCAGCAAACUCGUGGACAGAAAAUCAUUUUCGGACUCCGAGCAGUUGAUAUCAGGUAUGAACGUGGAUCUUGCAGAGCAUAAAGUUUUGGACCAUAACAUUGAUGCUUGUUAUACUUGCAUUUCGAAUAGGCAUACUCGACGGGACACUACCAGUGACAUGGAAAACGGGCAACAUUAUGCCCGUAACAGGAUUAGUCCUGUUAAGAAUUCUGUGAAAGGGAGCGGAGAAGAGAGAGAGAGUGAUAAUUAUCAGGUUGAGGAUAAGGAAAAUAAAUUUUAUUCCUAUUCAGACCUCGCAGGUGGUAACAUAAUUGACUCAAAAAAAACAUUUUCCAAAACUGUUGUGCCCUUUUCUGAAUGUGCUGACGUAAAAACUGAUGAUCUUAAAUCACUUUAUUGUAAAAGUGAUAAUUGUUUAGAAAUUAAACCACAGGAUGUAGAUAUGAUUGAGAUAGGGUUAAAUAAAAAGAUUGGGUGGAAUGGUAUUAGUAAAAUAUCACCGACUAAGAACAGUUUAUUCAAAAACAUUUCUUUAUCAUGUGGGGAGGGUGAUGGAAAUGCUGAAAGUAAAAUGUUAAUGCAAGAUGUGGAUAUGUUGAAAACAUCUCUCAAGGAAAAUGGGAGGCCUUGUGUCAUUGAAGCUGAUUCAUGUACAGUGUACAGCAUUCGUAGUGAAAACAGUUUGCACAGUACUUUGGAUAACCAGAUACACAGUGAAAACAAAGUUGAUAUGGUAGGUGUUUCCCAAACGUCUCCUGAAAUGCAAGUGAUACAAAAUUAUGUGACCUCAUCUAUAGCUGUUAGUUCUGAAGCUUCUUUCCAUGAUACAUGCAGGUUUCAAGAUCAGAUGUCUUCAUCAAAUGAUGUGAAAUGUGUGAGUGAAUGUGGAAAUAAAUUACUUACAGUGCCUUUGUUUGGUUACUCUCUUGAAACUGAGGUGGAUCUAAGUAAGGUUACUUCUUGUAAUGUUAUACAUAAUGACUCAGUGAGUGAAAUGCCCUCUGCUCAGAAAAAACUUUCUUCAUGGCAUGUAAAUGAUAAAAACACCAGUGAAUGCUCUAUGCUGCAAAAUAAUGUAUCAUCACACACAGUGUCUGAAUCGCAGUUGUCAAAAUGUGAUUCUGUUACCGUUAUGAUAAACAAGGCUGGAAAAUGUUGCCUAGCAAGUGAAAAUACUGCAGGAAAUGCAUAUAGUUACCCGCCAGGUACGCCAGAGGUGGUCCUAGAGAAGUCAGAACCAGGUGUCGUUGAAACUGAAGCAAGUGCCUUAACGCAGAGAGAACCUGACAGUGUUCAGCCUCGUCUUAGCCGGUUGAGCUGUGUCUCGGGCAGUGUACAAGCUGUGGACAGUGAUGCAGCAGUCUGUGGUGGCAGUGCUCUGAUGUCCUUGGCUGCACCAGACGUGGAGGGUCAGUCCUCGGAGGCUGGCAACAUGACUGCGAGCCCUCGAAUGACUGUAGCAGAGAACUGUGCAGUGGCUGUAGUUGCCACACAUGAUGAUGUAACUUGUAGAGAGGACCACUGUUCUGCGGUGUUAGACACUUGUCACAAUGAUGCCCAACAUGGUAAUGGAGUUGGUUCAGAUAUGAUGAAACAUGAUUUGUACGAAACAGAUAGCAUCGAAAUGAUAGAACAUGUAAGGAAUCCCAUUGAUGUUUCACCAGAGCGCAUUGAUUUCGACGAUGAACUGCAAAUAUUAGAGGUGAAGAAUAGGGUCCCUUAUGGCAACGUGGCGACAGCUAGCCAUAACCUGUUCCCUUGGGAUCUGGAGAAAGAUGGUUCGUUUGUUUUCCCCAGUGACGAGUUGAAGGAGGAGGAUGGCUCGGGGGCAGGCUGCGUUGCGGAGGCUCCGUCUGCCGGCAGCAGCCAGCAUGGCCUCAGCAACGACCCCUUCAUCUGCGGCCUGUCACGUGACAGUGACGAUGCACAGAGCCCCAGCACAGACUGCCUGCUCUCACCGCAGAUGUUCGCGGCGGUGGGAGGGGAGGACACGGAGAGUGCGUGCGACCACUUCCUCUUCGAGGUCAAGUCGGACUGCAGUGCUGACGCGGGCGACAACCAGCUCCUGUGUCCUGUUGGUGUGAACAGCGGUCUUCCUUUUGGCGAGGUGGAGGAGAAGGACGACAGGGCAUUUGGUGUGAUCGGCAUUGCGGCCGACACGAGUGAUGUGCGCGCGCUCGUGAAGCCCCGUGACCCCCUGCAGGGGAGCAGCGCUGGCGAGGGGAACCACCGGUCCUCGCACGGCGCAAGCCGGCCGAGUCGAGGCGAGAAGCGCUCCUCUCGCGAUGGCUCCAAGGUUUACGGCUUCUCGGAAGAGACGAUGGACGGUAUUUUCGAUGACGGUUCCGGGGAUGUCUAUAGGGAGCGGUCGCCUCUCUUGUUCUCGUCUGAUGAAGAAAAGUUUCUUAGCGAUGGGGAGGAGGAGCCGGCGGGAGCCGCCGCAGCCCGGGGGCAGGCGCUCCGGAAGCAGCGCCUGGGCCGGCUGCAAGAGCUGGUGAGUGGCGUUCCCCCGCCGCCCGCCGUCACCUUCCCUCAGCACUGCGUCGGCACCAUGCUCGGGCUGCUCCGUGGCUUCUCCGUCCCGACUCCUGCAGGCGGAGCGGGAGGCUGCAGAGUCGUCAGCGAGCAGGUGGCCAAGCAGGCACAGUGGCCGGAUGCCAAGGACUGCUGCUACCACGGCAUCAGCUACAACAGUGGCCCGCUGGCGGAGGAGGCGGAGCUGCUGUGCCAGAGGCUGUGCGACCGCUACGUGGGCUCGGAGACGUGCUCCUCGCUGGUGGGCGUGCCACCCGUGCCCAGCACGGCCGGGGCGUGCGCCCGACGCCGUGCGCGGCACGAGGGACGCUCGCCCGGGCGCCGGCUCAGCCACCUGGCACGGCGCCGCCAGACCUUCUCCAGCUCCAGCCUGCUGACCGCCGCGGCCCCCGACAGGCGCGUCAUCCUGGUGGAGCCCAGACCGAAAGAGCGCGCCAAGAGCCACGCGGGCAAGCACGGGGUGCGGGAACACGGCUCCAAGACCGGCCCGGGGUCGGUGAGCUCUGCGAAGCCGACGCGGCGCGUGCUGUUCAAGAGCCCGCCUGCGGAGGGGGGCCGCGCCCUGCACGGCAUCGAGAACUGUGCCCAGGAGGCGAGCGAGCCGGCCAUGCCCGCCGCCAAGUGCCCACGCCGCGCGCCGCGCACGCUCACCGAGGGCAGCGAGAACCGCGGGCGGGCCGGCCGGCCGGACCUCAGCAGCCCACACCGCAAGAAGCUGCUGUGGGCGGUGGCAGAGAGUCUGCGCGCGGUGGGCAUCGGCCUGCAGCACCCACGGUUCCGCUCGUGCGCUGCGGCACUGGCACGCCUCUGUCGUGACCUGCUGCUGGCACAGCCGCCCCACGUGGGCAGCACCAGCGACCACAUGCUGCGCCUGGCCAGCGAGCACGUGCGCGAGGUGGUGCGCGGCCGGCCCGCGUGACCGUCGUGGCACGCCUCUGGCACGGCCACUCAGUGCUAGCCUGUGCAACAUGUGGUGGUGACAGACAGGGUAGGUUUGCAAUGAACCGUUGGUUCAAGAAGACCAUGUGAUUGAUAAUUGUGAAUGCUCUUCUGUAAUAUAUAGCUCCAGUUUUGUCACAUUGUUUGACACAAGUUUUUCCAAUGUUUUUAAAUUUACAGUUUCUUUUUAAAUAAUUUAAAUUUCUAUGCAGUGAUUCUAAUUUUUCUUCAGCAGAAAAUCUGAUGCAGUCUCACUUUCUGUGGUAAAGUUAUAAUAGCAUUGACACCAUAACGUAAUUUUGUGAAUGUUCCUAGAAAUUUAUAAUUUAUUUUGUCUAGUUGAAAAAAAUUAUUCAAAUGUGUAUUUGUGUAGUAUUAUACAAAUUUAUUUGUUUAGUUUAAUACUCUCUUUAAGAAUCACAGAUUUAUUGAGUGCAGCAAUUUUACAGAUGUAUUCACAGAACUGUUAAAAAUAUUAUUUUCUGUAAAGAUAGAAAAAUAAUUUAAUAUUCCUUGCAUUCAUCAUAAUUUUUAGUUCAGAUUGAUAAUAAGUGGUUAAAGGGACAGAUGUGAAUAUAAAGACACUAUUCAUAUUGAGCAGUUUUUAGGCCAUAACAAGUUUUUAUCGCAUAAUUUUUAAAAUUGGGUUAAAGCGUAGUAUAUUAUUUAUAUAAUGCCCAAAAUUAAUAACAGGCUGCUGCAAAGAUUUUUUUCCUGUGAAGUCGUUAGCAUUUAGUAUUAAAUUUAUUUUGGAAAUGACCAACUGUAAUAAUUAGGGCCUGGAAAAUUUCGGUGUUUUCAGUAUGCAAAAAGCGGUACUUUCAAAUUAGAAAAGCGGUGGUUUAAAGUCGGUAUUUUCGUUAUGCAAUGAAAAUUUUACCGGUAUUUUAAAUGUUGACUAAAUUGUGCAGUUAUUGAAUAUAAUAGUUUACAUAUUUAAUAAACAAUCCAUGUAUACUAGGAAUAGACUAAUAUGCAUAAUAACAGCCAAUUAAAUCCAAAACAGUUACACAAAACAGACACGUUGCUAUAGAUGUUUGCAACUACAAAUUUUCUUCUUUUUUUUCGGCUGCCGAUGCCACAUGCUUAGCCGAAUUUAGGUGUUUGUCAAUGGAAUUUUUUGGGUUAAAUGAUACUUUAACCUUACGUGAGUAUAAGUGAUCUGCAAAUACGUAGAAUCCCGCUGAUGCGACCCCUCACGGUUCCCAGAAAAACUGACUUAUAAACGGAAUGGUCGCAAUAGAGAAUUCGGGCCAAUCUUUCUCUUCCCCCCCCCCCCCCCCCCCCCCCCCCCAAAUAUAUCCAAAUACAUAAAAAAAAUCGCCUUUGUUCGCAUAGAUUUCAUAUUCAAAUAGUCUAUGGAGUAAAAAAGACAAUUUUUUUAAAUUCAUUUUACACCUCGGACUCGCAUACCCUGAACAAUGGGUUCCGAUAAAUACUCGCGCUAAGUGAAUUCGUGUCACGCGAGUUCGGCUAUGCUAGCCGGCUGGUGGUUAUUUUUGUUCAAAACGUGGCGAAGGAACUUGUGUGGAUCAGGUAGAAAACAUUCGGCUAUAAACGAAAGAUAUAAGAACAAUGCUAUCCUGAAAUGCUGUGACAUGUUUUUGGAGUAGAUAAUCACAGCGACAGACCGACAGGAUGCACUCCCGCCCUUGCCAUCAGCGAUGUUUAUCUUGACAGCUCAAGCAAUUAUCUUUUCCACGGCCCUUUACAGCGUAAAAAAGGAAGAAAAAAAACAUGUUGGAAUGCAGACGGAAAAGUAACUAUGCAGUAAAAUGAAUAUAGGUAUUUACAGCCCUGCUAAAUUUUUCUAUUCAAUAAAAUUGGAGGUAUUAGUGAUUUUUCAGCAGAAACUGCUGUGUGACUAAUAAACAAAUUGUUUCAUAAUAACUUAAACUUAUAAAGUAUUUAUUAACGGGGCAAAGGACAGUCGUAUAAGCCCAUAAAAAUAUUUAUUUUACCAAGAAUGGACUAUACAACCUGGCUUUUGUCGCACGCGGUGUGGGAGGGGAGGAGGAUGCUGACAGUUUCUCACGCAGAAGGAUGAAAUAAGGAAGGGAAUGUGUUGAAAUGUUAGAUGGUAAAAGGGGGGGGGGGGGUGGGUGUUUUUACAUGGUUUGUGGCUCUGGGAGGGAUGAGCCUUGAAGAAUUAGCAGGGGAUGGGAGAGGUAAGCAUCGCAUCACGUCAAGUAUGACGUCAAGCCGCCGCUACCGCCAGCCUGACCGGACGAGUUUCUUACGCUCGCGCAGAAGCUACCUCAGCUGCUUUUCGUGUGGGCGGGUAAGAUAACAUGACAGCUGAGACGGCUUUUCGUGCGAUAGUGGACCCGCCGAGCUCGGCUAGACACUGCCGCAUGGACAGUCUAGAGGGGUGGUAUCUAUUUUUAGACGUCUUUUGUAUGCCUGCCUGCUUACAGUACAGCUCUCGCCAAGAUAAACGUGAACUCAUAACGCCCAACAAAGUGUAACAGACUUGUUUUUCAGCCGAUUUUACUCAAAUUUUCGACUUUCUCUGCUCAAAUUUUCACGGUUUCUCAAAAAACGGUCGUAUAAACGGGAUGGACGCAUCAGAGGGGGGUCGCAUCGGCGGGAUUCUACUGUAAUGGUACUUUUCGGGGAUAUAUUCGCAGUGUCAUAUAGAAAUGUUGUGGUUUUCGCGAAUGUACUUACUUUUCGCGUUUUUAUGCGAAUUUUCGCAAAAUUCACGAUCGCGAAAAAUUCCAGGCCCUAGUAAUAAUACUGUUAAUAGACACUGUUAUAGUAUUUGUAAAUCUCGUAUGGUUUGUGUGAUCCAUGAUUUAAGGAAGGCAAAUUCUCAUUAUUACUGUAUUUACCCGUAGAAGAGUUGCCCCUUCGUAUGGGUCGCACCUGUAAUUGGAGUCAUAAAGUACAACUUUUUUUGUCCGUAAGGGUUGCCCUUGAAUACGAGUCGUGUAUCCCUUCCCGGCUAUAGAAUUUUUUCUAAGCAGUCCUUUUCCCGUAUUGGGGGGGGGGGGGGGGGGAGAGCAAGCAAGCUACCCUUUCUUGUCAGUUUCUUUUAUGAAAACUAACACCCACGUUACAGUCAGCGAGACAUUCAGAAAUCCAUGCAGGAGCUGAAGAACGUAAAAGCCGGGCUCUGAUACACCAACGAUGGUUAUAGUUUUGUCAUGGAAUGUUGCAUUUGAAAGUUGAGUAAUCUAGCGCAAAAAAACAAUAAUAUUGGGUUACAGUUGCUUCAUAAAACCUGUUGAAAUAGACACCUGUAGAUAGUGCUAGUUCACCUUGGUGGGGAGGGGGGGAGAAUCAUCACCACCGCUCCAUGGCCACAUGCACUCACACAAACUGGCUGAGUGCCAGCCAGCACUUGCAGCGCCAUUCACAAACUGCUCAGAUAUUUCAACUAAACAAUUUAUACUUAAGUACAAACCAACAUAGGAGAGUUAUUUACACACAUACUCAAGACACACCGCAAUUAUAAAAAAAAAAAUUUAUCCCAAGUUAUAAAUUCACACACUUUUAAACUAAAAAUCUGCAUAAAAAUGUGCUACCCAUAUGCUGGUAAAUACAGUAUAUAUAUAUGGGCUGAGACUCCAAAACUGGAACUUAGUUAAAGCUAGUAAGUAGAGUUCAUUUUACUCAACCAGAUGAGAUCAACAGUUUUUAAUUUUUAACUCUAUGCAUAUUUGACCUGUGCAAUGAAGAUUAAAUCAAGUACACCAAUCCCUCACUUAGCAUGACUACUGCAGUCCUAAAAACAUCUGUGUUAUUCGAAAUCAUUUAUUCUGAAGCAUUACUUUCAAUGCAUAUAAUGCUAAUUUAUUUAAUGUGUUCCAAAAUGUGUAGGGAAAUAUUCUUUACAUGAUAUAAAUGUGUAGAAUAGCACUUAACUGUGAAUGCAUUACACCUUUUAUCUUUUUAAGCCCAUCGUUGAAUAUUUUAUAUGACAAGUACGACACCGUGCGGCGGGAGAUAGCUGAGAGCUCGUCGUGACCUCCAGCACAGCUGUGCACCUGCUCGUUGUCACAAAACUCAAAAAAUAAAACCAGUUUUAUCUAACUUUAGAACAUACGGUCACUGUAAACAUCUAGCUUGUAACUGUUAUAAUAGUGUGCUAAACAAAUUAGUAUCAAGUAAGCAGAUUUUGAUUUCCUCCACAGCACAAACAUAACAUGAAAGUAUAUAUAUACUGUAAACGUCACGUCCAUGUUUGAUUCCUUUAAUCGCAACACUUUUGCAUUCUUCGUGUGGCUCAUUUUCAUCUAGGACAGAGAAUACUUUGUUAAUAAACCAAAAAAUUUGGAAACAUCUUCGUUACUCAGUUCUCUCUUGGGUUUGGCAUUUUCUUCAUCCGACACAAAUCACUGUUCUCGUCUCAGUUAUUUCUUCCUGCGGUCCUCAAUUGUGAGACUGGCGUUUGUGAAAUCCUAGCUGAUGGCCCAUGUCCACGAUAUCAACUGUCACAUCUUUCAAAUGAUAUUUAGUAUGGCUGCGACUGAUGACUUCAGACCGAUUUCUGUGGCUUAAGAAGCCGUACCUGGCUGAGUUGAGGAUUGUUUAUCAUAACAGCACGAAUCCUUCCCGUGCCUUGGUUUCGAAUAUUUUUCACAGAUUCGUUGUCCCAUUUCCCCUUCUCAUUAACAGCUGUCUUGUAUCUCAUAUGACAAUACUCCCUCCUCUCACUCUGCUUAUCUGCCCUGCUUAAAAAGCAUCUCUUCAGUGAUUCUGAAGGUCUCCCGCUGCGAGGUGCACAAGACAAAUAUAUUUGUUGUCAUCGCGGCUGUGUUUUGCUUACGUGAGCAAACAUUACUACCCGGCCCCCCGCCUGUGAGACCUUGUAUGUUUCUAUUGGCGGCAGUGUUUCCUCAUCGCUGCAACCUAGCGGGCCGUGUCAUUCCUGAUCAAUUUUAAUAUUAUUAAUAACCAUUCCUUGGGUCUUUGACAUUUCUAAGUUAAGUAUCUCUAAUUUUUAGGACUGUAUCAAAUCAAUAUAUAUGUCUAUCAACUAAUGAAAGUUUCUUUUAAAUUUUAGCUACAAUACUUACAUAAAUUAUGUUAGAGACAAAAAUGUUUUCAAAUGAUUUUGUUAUGCGUUAAGUAAACACUUCUGCCCCCUUAUAACCUAUAAUGUCAGAAAUCCAUUACUCGAGACCCUGGAAUUGCAACACCUUCGGUCUUCUUGCCGCUGGAUGCAGAGCUGAGAGCUUGACUAUAAGAUUGAACAUUUAAAGUUUUACUUAACAGAAAUUGCUUUAUAUGAAUAAGUUUCUGUUUAGUUUCAGCAUUUUCAGAUCACGAAACUAAGCGCAAUGUCUUCAAAACCUCAUUCUCAUUUUUUAAUUCAUCGACUUUUGUCACAGAGAUUAAAUCAUCCAUGUUGAUUGGUUUAAAUAUUAAAGUAUCAUUUUUAGGAACAUCCUGAUUUACAGAAGAUUUUGAAUCAAGUUUUUUUGUAGGAGAUCUAAACAUUUUUGUAUGCGAUCUAAACAUUUUUGUAUGCGUGUCUUGUUUAGGAAUCAAAGUGGAUCCAUUGAUAAGGGGUGAAAACCCCAGAAAAUCAAUUUUUUAUUCAAUGAUGAAUCAAUCAUUACUAAUCAUGUAUUUAUACAGUAUAGUAAUUUACUAAUUUGAAAUACCUUGUUAGUCAUUCAUGCAUAUUGGCCUACAGUAGCUCUUAAGCUCGAAGAACAAUGCAUUAAAUAACUUUAAAAUAUCUUCAAACAUUUGUCAUCUUUACCUUAAUUAUCUGGUGGUGAGUUUAAUUUUUGUAAUAUGUUAUACUGUACAGUAUAGGAAAAUGUCCAAAGUCUUUCUUCUUUUUCAUCCAUAGUUCUUUGGAUCUUUUUAUUUUCAACUGGAAAAGUCUGGGAUUUUUUUUUUUUUUUGUGAAUACCAUGAAGUAUGCAAGUGUGAGUGUGUGCAAGUCUGCUACAAUGCAAACAUGUCAUCUAGUGCCCCACUCCUGAGCCCCCUUCCCCUCCAUCAAGGUCCCCACUCCAAAUCAUUGCACUUUUCGUUGCCCUCUGAACAUACACUUUUGUUGCACUCUGACAUCAUCACCUUGACUUACCCUACCGACUGUAAAUAAGUUUCACUUAUAAAAAACUCAUAUGCCCAAAACUUUAAUUUCAAAACAAGGACUGUGCCAACUGCAAUAAAUGUGUGGUGCUCACUGUUGUCUGAAGAGUGAGAUGUGUAUUGGAGGCAUAUUAUCCAUUUGCCUUUUGUUUGCCUUUACAUUUUACAGUGCUCGAUCAUUUUCCGAAGUGCUUUAAUAAUCUAAUAUGUGCAUUAGCAGGUAGUUGGUAGCAACUAGUAUGUAUCAUGUUAUUCUCUGUAAAACCGUGGCAUGGUGGGCCAGUAAAACUCAUCAAAGCCAGCCUCGGUUCCUGUAAAGCCAGGCAUAUCAGCUAUGGUGAAUUGCAGCUGAUCGGAGCAUAUUUUAUUUCAGCCAGUGCGUGGCCUGUUAUGUCAUCAAUCAGCUGCAUGCUAGUCUGAUUCAACUGUGUGCGAUUACAACAGAUACAACUCCCGGAAAUUGAUUCCAAAGGUUUCAGGUUAGUUGUAAUUCACUGUAGCUAUGGUACUUAUUUAUAAUUUACGGUGCAUGGCUGAGAUAAUCUUGGCCGUGCGCUGUUCGGAGACACUGGCAAACAUGACGAAGAAUAGAACUGUGAGGCUUGAGUGCACUCUAUAAGAAAUACCUCUGUUUUAGUAAACAUCCUUAGAUACCAUUCAGAUGUAAAGUGUUGAUACUAUAUUGUAAGUACUGUGUGUAGAUAGUAAUGUAUAAGUAAAUAAUUUUGUGUGAAUAUUGUUUUUACAACCUACCUAAUUAUGUUGUUCUCUUAACAAUUUUAUUGUUCUAAUGCUCUUAUUUUUAUUAAUACUAUUGAAUUAGCUAGUCAUUCGUAAAAUCGUAAUUUAAAAUUUGCUUUGUGGUUUAGUACUUUCAUAAUUUAUCUUCUUAGGACAUCAUUUCACUUGGUUGCAUACUUAGCUUUAUAACAUAUAUUAAUUAUACUCCAUCCUUGGUAUUAGAUAUUUUCUUUAAAACUUAUUUUUUGUCCAAGAACAAAAGAGUGAUUAAGGUUAUUGUUUUUUUGUGUUCCAUUUCCUGUCAACUCAUGCUUGUCUAGCAGGAAGUAUGUAAAUAAUUAUGUUAUAGUUAAAAUUUAGGGAACAAACAUUAUAGGAAGUAUUGGAGCCAUUAAAGAUGUUAUUUGCACUGUAAUGUCAUCUUUUGAAAGUUGUUUGCAGUUUUACACAAAUAUCCACGUCAUAGCUUCGUUUGUCCAGGUCUUCACUGUCACGAUGACCUUGUUCCUUCCACUUGUCUCGUGUGUCCCAUCUUAUCACCUUGACAACACUGCUACACUGCAGUGCAUUGUCCUGAACUAAGCAGCAUCGACCAAAGAAUGUGUGUGUGAUAAUGCUAUAUCUCAGGGAACAGCAAUAAGACAGUAGCAAUGUCAAUACUGCACUCCAAGGUCACAGUUACAGCUGUAAAUUGGAGGGUAUUUGAAAUCAAUGUAAGUAAUAUGUGUGUGUUCAUGCAAAGUAUUUUUAUAGUAAAGAAAAAUUGUUUCAUAUUUAGUGCCUUUUUUUUCCCCAGCUGAGGGUUGCAUCUCUUCCUCUGCAUAUCUGUCUAAAGAGAAGCAAUUCUCAUACUGUUAAUGAGUUUUGUUGGUUUUAAGAUGUGUUCUGUCCUUUGAAAAUGUACUAUGUAUAUAAAUAUUGUCAUGUAGUCGUA